AUGGCCAACAACACGAAUGGAAGUGGAGUGAGAGAUGCGGGCAUCACGGAUUCGGAGCAUUUUUCGCCGUACAGAGCAGAUGGGAAAUUGUAUGGCUUCGUAUGCGUAGUAACAGGCGCAACACAACCCGUAGGCAAAGCAAUCGUCGCUGAACUCGCCGCCCACGGCGCAGCCUGCAUAUACGCGUGCUCCUCCCUCCCCUCGGAACCCUACGCCUCACUCGCCGACUCAAUAAACACCCAAUACCCCAACACAAAAGUAAUCGGCUACCCCUACAAGAUCAACUCGGAAGAAGACACCCUCGCCCUCAUCGACGACGUGCUAAACUCCUGGGGCCGGCUUGACGUCUGGACAUCUUCUACCGGUCUCCUCGGCCCGCCGUCCAUCAAUCAAACAGGCCCAAAGGAUCUGUACGCCGCGUUUGACACAAACGCCAUGCCGGCUUUCUUCGCGCUCAAGUACGCGCCGGCUGCUAUGCAGAAGACGACGCCGAAAGGGAGUUAUCCCAAUGCUGCGCCGAAGGAUGUUCCGUAUGGGAGUAUUAUUGUUGUGACUAGUGUUGCGGGGACGUAUGGGGGGUGUUGGGCGCCUGCUUUUACUAUGGCGUCGCAUGCUGCGCUUGGUGUUGUGCGCUCGGGGGUUUUGGUGCUCAAGGGGACGGGCGUGCGUAUUAAUGCUAUUACGGCUGGGCAGAUUGAUGUGGGUGUUGAUCUGAAGGAUUGUGGGGUUAAGGAGAUGGCGCAGGGCCAGUUUCCGCCUGCUGCGUUGCAGGGUGAGGAGAGUCAGAAGAGGACGAUUGGGCUGGAGAGGGCGGGUAGACCGGAGGAAGUGGGAAGGACGGUUGGAUUUCUGGCGAGUGGGUUCAGUAGCUAUAUUACGGGCGCUGAGUUGAGAGUUGAUGGCGGGGCGGGGGUUAUGAACCCUAUCACUGUUCCUGUUUAG